AUGGAGGGGCUGGCGGCCGUGCUGCUCCUCUACGCGGUCCUCGUGCUCGCCCUCGAGUCGCCGUUCGUCUCCACCUCGCUCUCCGGCGGCGGCGCCGGGGCCGGUGCCGCACGGAAGCUCCACCUCUCCUUCGGCGCGGGCGAGCGCGGGGCGCCCGCGCGCCCCGUCAAGGAGCCCCGCCCCGUGGCGGGCGGAGCGUCCGUCUCCGUCCCCGGCGGCUCGUCGGCGCGCGCCGGACAGGAUCGCCGGCUCUCGCGCUUCGCCACGGACCUCAACGUCCGCCUCCUCGACUCCCCGCGCUCCGGCGCGCUCCGCCGGUCCGUCGCGGACGCCGUCGCGGCGGGCGCCCGCGCGUUCGCCGACCUCGAGGGCCUCGACCCCUCCGCCGCCGCCGUCGCGGCGCCCUCCUCCGGCGCCGCGGCGGCGGCCACGGCCACCAGGUGCCCGCACUCGAUCGCGCUCACCGCGGAGGAGCUCGGCGCGCGGGGGCGCCGCCGCGUGGUGGAGCUGCCCUGCGGGCUCGCGCUGGGGUCCCACGUCACGGUCGCCGCGUCGCCCCGGGCGCCGCACGAGGAGCGGAACCCCGCGAUCGCGGUGCUCAGGGACGGGGAGCGGCCCGCCAUGGUGUCGCAGUUCAUGGUGGAGCUGCAGGGGCUCAGGGCCGUCGACGGCGAGGACCCGCCCCGCGUGCUCCACUUCAACCCGCGCCUCCGCGGGGACUGGAGCGGCCGCCCCGUGAUCGAGCAGAACACCUGCUACCGAAUGAACUGGGGCGCCGCGCAGCGCUGCGAUGGGUGGAGGUCACGCCCGGAUGAGGAGACUGUGGAUGGGUUGGUGAAGUGCGAGAAGUGGAUUAGGGAUGAUGAUGACAGGUUGGAGGAAUCGAAGACAACAUCAAAGACAGCAGCAUGGUUGCUGAAUCGGCUGAUCGGGCAGAAGGAGGAGGUCAAUUUCGGUUGGCCAUUUCCUUUCGCGGAGGGCCGGCUGUUUGUUCUUACUCUCAGUGCUGGGUUGGAGGGUUACCAUGUGAGCGUUGAUGGGCGACAUGUCACUUCGUUUCCUUACCGCACUGGGUUUGUGCUGGAGGACGCUACAGGCCUGUCACUGAAUGGGGACCUCGAUGUGCAUUCAGUGAUUGCAGGGUCUUUGCCCACUACACACCCAAGCUUUGCGCCGCAGAAUUAUCUGGAGUUUUCUACUGUUUGGCAGGCCCCUCCGCUGCCUGAUGAGCCAGUUGAGAUUUUCAUUGGCAUCCUGUCAUCAGCCAAUCAUUUUGCUGAGCGUAUGGGUGUGAGGAAGACAUGGAUGUCUGCUGUCCACAAGUCACCAAACAGGGUGGCUCGUUUUUUCGUUGCACUGCAUGGCAGAAAGGAAGUGAAUGUGGAGCUGAAGAAGGAAGCUGAAUUUUUUGGUGACAUUGUUUUUGUGCCCUACCUGGACAACUAUGAUCUUGUUGUUAUGAAGACUCUUGCAAUAUGCGAGUAUGGGGUUCAUGUUGUCUCUGCUAAAUAUGUAAUGAAGUGCGAUGAUGAUACUUUCGUGAGAAUUGAUUCAGUAGUCACUGAAAUUAAGAAGGUACCAAGUGGGAGAAGUCUUUACAUGGGGAGUAUGAAUGUACAGCACAAGCCGCUACGCCAUGGGAAAUGGGCCGUGACUUAUGAGGAGUGGCCAGAAGAGGUGUAUCCGUCAUAUGCGAAUGGCCCUGGAUAUGUUAUAUCAUCUGAUAUUGCUGAAUUUAUCAUGUCAGAAUUCAUGAAGCAAAAGCUGACGCUCUUCAAAAUGGAAGACGUGAGCUUGGGUUUGUGGGUUGAGCAGUUCAAUAGGACAAGACCUGUUGAAUACAUUCACAGCGACAAAUUCUGUCCAUUUGGAUGCGUCCCUGACUACUAUACUGCUCAUUACCAAUCGCCAAGGCUGAUGUUAUGCAUGUGGCAAAAGUUACUGGAAGGAAGACCAGACUGUUGCAAUAUGAGAUAA